AGUGUAGCUAUGCACUAGUGUGUACAAAAUAUAACGAGGACAGGACGUCAGCAGGACCAGACAUGAAAUAAGAACUGCUCCACUGACUGAGACGAAGAGCUAACUGUUAUUGCAGCAAGCAUCGUACGCACAAUACAAUUGAAGUUGUACAGGUGGAGGAGAACGGACUAUGGCUGCGACAUAAUCCAGAGACCAUUGAUUUGAUGCUCCAGCGCGCGCAAAAGAGUAGUGAGAGAGAUAUUCGUUGAUAUAGUUGGAUAAAAAGCAGCAAACAGAGAAGGGACAUGAUUUUGGUUACUUAUUGUUAUGUGCUUGUGUUUCGCUAUGAAUGUUAACGUCGUCUUCGAGAGGGAUAAAGUACGCACGUCCACGCGAACUUCAAAACCAUAGAACUUAUGUGUACAUAGAUUUCCAAAAGGAACCAUAUAGUAUUUAUUAUACAUAUAGAGACUAAGAAGACGCGUAGAUGUACAAGCAAAACACUAUGGAAAUAUGAUGAAAAGGGAAUAUAGAGGCUGGCAUGGGUUCACAAACGCUGGAGAUUCUACGCCAAGGCGUAUGGGCAAGUCUCACAGGAGGAUGGUUUUACGAUCCUCACUUAGAUGUAUUUUCCAAUACCUUUCACCUCUAUGUAUGGCUCUUUCUAUUGUGUUUACCAUUUACAAUCUACUUAUAUUUUCCACCGACAUUGUACGUGUGGUGUGCUUACUGUUCUACAAUUAUUGUUCUGUUUGGAACAAUCAAAUGCAUUAACCAUGCACUUCAUUGUGUCUAUGAUACAACCGAGUGCUUGGAAGAGCCAAAUCAGAACAUCAGUCAGCAAAAGUUGGAAAGUGAGAAAAAGAGAGACACUCGUACGAAGCGGAGAGAGCAGCCGCAAGAUCAGGACUUUGUUGGUAUUGAGCUUCAAGUUUUGAAUGGAAAAACGGACACUCCACCUGUGGAAUGCUCAUCUCGUAAUUCAUAUAUUGAGCCAAAUACACAAAAUGGUGACGCUGAUAGUAUAACGUCUGAUUAUACAAGAGAUAAGCCUAAUUCAACGAUAGAUUUAAAAGUUGAAAUACAUCGAAAAAAUAGUUCUGAGAGUUCUGAAGAAGCUGCGCAAUUAAAUAAACCAAUCGUUACUAGCAUCAAUGUUCAUGAAGCCGAAUUGAUGUCAGAGCAAGACCAUGAACAACUUUAUAGAAAUAGAAUUUAUGAACGAAGGCCUGUUUCACCAAAUAUUGGAAAACACUUGGCAGCAUCGGCAAAGAAUCAUUCAUCGAGUAAAAAAUUCUGCAGACACGCAUCGGAAGAUUCACGGCCACGAUAUUCAAAAUCAAACAAUCUUGGAAAAACGGGAUCCGAGAGUCAAAUAAAGCAAACUAGUUCUUUAGAAUUAGAACAGCCAGAUGAUUAUCAAUACUGGAAAUACAAUCAAAGUGUGAGAAGAUUGAAUUCAAAUUCUAUUCCUAUGGAAGCUCAACUAUUGAACGAUCAUCCACAAAGUCUUGAAGUUAUAUCUGUUAUAUCAAAGAAAGAAGAUUCUGAAAAGAAUAAAAUUCCGUCUCACCCUCAAUCACUUGAAGUUAUAUCUAAAAUGCCACAUCAGCAACUCGUUCACCCGCAAAGUCUGGAAACGAUUAGAGCAUCUACCAAAAUUUCGAGUCCAACGGAUGACAAUAAUUUACCUCUACAUCCACAAAGUUUAGAAACAAUAAAUUCCAAAAAGAUUUUACCGCAAAAUACAUUAAAACGCAAUCAGCUACAGCUACUGCCAUAUCUCAGUUGUGGAUCUGAAAUUGUGCACCCGAUAGCUGAACAAAGCGAUGAGCAAAUGCCUGCUGAAAAUUCUGCACGAUUCAAUUUACAGGAUUCAUAUAGUCCUUUACUUACACGUAAAGAAAAUGAUGAUAGAUUUUUAAGGUACAUUGUAGAUACAACAGUUGAUAAUGACUCAGCAAAUUCGCGCGAUGCUUUGCUGGAAGAACCGAAGCCCAUGACGAAACGUAGAUUUAGUAAUACUAGUCAGAGCAGUUGGGAUUUGUCAGAUGGCGAAAGGCGUAAAGAGAAAAGAAAAGAGAGGUUAAAACAGGCUGAAGAUCCUAUUAAUUCGGGUAGUAUCGUUGGCAUUGACUGGCUGUUUGAAAAUGGCGAAGGCGAACCGUGGACAAAUAAAAUAUUAUGGACUUCACAGAAAUCUGACGAUACAGAUGCAUCUGAUAGUAUACAAACAGCUAGUACAGAUUAUUUACCGAGCAAGGAGCCGGACUCCGGCUCGUCCAGCACCACGACCCUCAGUCUUGAAAACGAGGUGAAGCGAAAGCUCCUACCAACGCAAGCGGAGGUCGACAGCAAGCGUCAGCAAGGUGCUAUACCAAAGCAAAACCGUGCUCGUCUCAACAGCAAUAACACCGGUAACUGUAACAGUGUCGAAGGUGUAGUAACGAUGAAUGAUCAAGGGGUCAACGUGACUGAAGCAUUGCCGAAGAGACCUAAGCAUAAGCGAUCCACGGCCGCUAUUAGAGAAAGACGCGAACGUGUGAUAAAUGGCAUCAGACCUAGUACUAGUGGCAGCCAUGGACAAAAUAGUGACUGUAGUGGACGAUUCAUCCAACCUGGAGCCCACAUUGGCGGCGGCUCCAACAACGAGCUCAGCACAUUGUGUCCAAUUCGCCGAUUACCAGCUCCCCCAUUGUUAGCAGCAUUUCUGAAUCCAUCGAAUACGAGGGUUGCUGAUCUCCCAUGCCAAUCCACCACAAUGGCGGAUUUAAGAUUGACGUGCGCGCCGUAUGAUAUACGCAGCUCGAGGUCGAGAUACAACAGGUUGCAUAGGUCCAACAGAACAAGACGCAAACAUCGCGUUAAUCAUUCGACACAUAUUACGGAUCAGGAUUUGAUAGCGCUGACACAUUUUCUUUAUCGUAUAACGAAAUCGGAUAACUCUGAGAAUACAGUACACAAUGUAUGUGACAUCAAUGAUAGUUCAAUGGCCCAGACGUUUGAUGAAAAGCCCGCGACAGUCUCGGCUCGUUCCAAGAAACAUAGAGCAGCAACAGCUGCACGACUCUUGCCAUCCGAAGAGAAUAAGAAACUGUUGAAUAGACUACUACGGCAACAUCUUAAUCAAAAUAUAUACUACGACGAGAAUUACGAUCUAUCGAACUUGUCUAACAAUAGUUACAGCAGUUUAUCGCUUAAUUCUGCAGUGAUCAUAGAUACGCCACCGGUUUUUACGCCCCCGGUCCUCUCGUCGCCCGUUAACAAUAACUGCAAUGGAGGUGUCAACGGCAGCCAAUCGAAAAUGCAUGGCCCGAUACCAGCUACGAUGACCUCGCUGAAUACGAGCAGCUCGAGUCAAGCGGUCGUCCCGUCGACUAGCGGCUCCACUGACAACACACAAAGACUGCCUUAUCGACAGUUGCUGCCGGACUCAUUGGCCGACAGGAACAGACGAUUGCAAAGUCUAUUAGGGAAUCUCGACUCUAAUAAUCAGACAAACGGUGGAUCGGCGGUCGAUGCCGCUGGCAAUCAGAUGUCCGUGAUAACUUUGCCGAUGCAUCAAGAGAAUCUUUCGUGGAAUCGUUUCAUCAAUGAAUUUAUUGGAUUCGAUGAGCCAAGUCACCUCAAAGCCAAGCCAACCCGUCAUUAUUAUAAAUGGAAAAUUGGAAAGUUACCGCACGUUAAAGUGCGAUUCGAUCGGCUGUCACUUUUGGCACUUCUCGAUAGGAAUCUAACAGUGUUGGAAACAAUAGUAUCUACGAUUCUCGCUGUCGCUGUAGCAGGUUUGGGCUUACUAAUAUUGCAACAAGGAUUUUAUCGAGACAUCUUUGCAUUUCUAUUCUGCUUUGUGACUGCCGGAUGCCAGUACUCGCUAUUAAAAUCUGUACAGCCUGAUGCCGCCUCACCAACCCAUGGUUUUAAUCGUAUUGUCGUUUUCUCUAGACCAAUAUAUUUUAUUCUUUGCACAAGUAUAAUAUUAAUUCUCGAGUCGUCGCUGAAAAACUUCAAGGGCUCAGAAUUUCGUGUCUAUGGCAUGCAGAUACUCGACUACGAUAUUAUCCUUCAGACGCGCAAUGUCCUCCUGAUUUUUCUGCUCUGCUUUCCAAUCGUCUUUUCGCUGGGGCUUUUCCCCCAAAUCAACACCUUCAUCAUGUACCUAUGCGAACACGUUGACAUACAUCUUUUUGGCGGCACUGCCACUACUAGUCUAGUCUCGUCUAUUUAUUGCCUCUGCAGAAGUGUAAUGACGGUGCUGACGCUUUAUGGAUUUGCCUAUGGAGCAUUAAUGGAGCCAAAGUCAUCGCAGCAUAUUCUUUUCUCUAUUUUUGCAGGACUUCUCGUUGCCGUUUCUUAUCAUCUUAGCAGAUCAUCAUCCGAUCCAAGCGUUAUUUGGGAUAUAGUGAAGACAAAUUUAUGGCCGCCUGUGGUUUAUCUCGAAGAGAAACAGAUACAGAUCAUUGAGAAUACUUCCAGACACGAGGUAUCGAAUUCCUCGGCAACUACACCAAACCCAGCGCGAACCGUCAAAACUCCAAAGAACAAAUCCUCCUCUAAGAAGAAGGAUAUGAAAAUUGUCGUGGGCGAACAGAUAUCUGAUUCUGAGCUAUUUGAUCCAUUGCCGCAAAAGUUAAGAUCCACCGUUAAGGCAAGAUUGAAGAACGACAUUAUUGCGUGCUCGGUGAUAGGGAUUCUGUCCUUUGCAAUACAUUCUUCGACAGUUUUUACAGCCUUACAGCCUGAGAUUAAUCCAGUACUAUGGGCAUUCACUGGAUUACUUGGAUUACUUUUGCAUUAUAUUAUGCCCCAGCUGCGGAAACAACUGCCUUGGCUUUGUCUUGCAAGACCCGUUUUACGAAGUUUCGAGCACUUACAAUUCGAGGUAAGGAAUCCAGUGAAGAUAAUGUGGUUCGAGAAGAUUUACGUGUAUCUUUGCUUCUUCGAGCGCAAUAUUCUUUACCCUGUGGUCUUCCUGGGUGGUCUCACCGAAUCUUCAGCCAAGAUAUCUGCGAAAUUUGGGCCUAGUAUGGGUGCCCUAAUAAUCGUCGUAUGCGGUCUGAAAUCUUUGCGAUCUGCCUACGCAGAUUCGUCGACGCGCUAUCUCGUUCUUGUUUUUGCGGUGCUACUCUUCCGUAUGGAUUUUCGCGAGCAUAGCGAGACUUUCCUACUCGACUAUUUCGUCACCGCUGUCGUAUUCGCCAAGGUUCACGAACUAUUGCUCAAGAUACGCUUCAUCGUCACCUACAUCGCACCCUGGCAAAUCACGUGGGGAAGUGCCUUCCACGCGUUCGCCCAGCCCUUUUCGGUACCUCAUUCGGCAAUGCUAUUUUUGCAGGCUGUUAUAUCUGCAAUUCUGAGCACACCUCUCAAUCCAUUGCUUGGGAGCGCAAUAUUCAUGAGCUCGUACGUGAGGCCAGUGAAAUUCUGGGAGAGAGAUUAUAAGACAAGAAGGGUGGAUCACUCAAAUACGCGCAUGUCGUUGCAUCUAGAGCGCAACCUGGGUGCAGACGACAAUAAUUUGAACUCCAUAUUUUACGAGCAGUUAACGCGCUCGCUGCAGCACAGCUUAUAUGGGGAUUUGGCUCUGGGUCGAUGGGGAACCGUCGAGCAGGGCGACUGCUUUCUCCUAGCUUCGGAUUAUCUGAACUGCCUUGUCCACGUCGUUCAAUUGGGCAACGGUCUCGUCACAUUUCAGCUUAGAGGACUGGAAUUCCGUGGCACCUAUUGCCAGCAGAGAGAGGUGGAGGCCAUUUCCGAAGGAAUAGAGGACAAUGAUAAUUGCUGUUGCUGUGAAAUGGGACACUUUUCUCAUGUAUUGAGUGUCAAUGCCGCAUUCAGUCAACGGUGGCUAGCUUGGGAAGUAGCAAGUGCAAAGUACGUAUUGGAAGGUUAUUCGAUAUCGGAUAAUUCAGCGGGAUCGAUGCUUCAGGUAUUCGACUUUAGAAAGGUACUGGUUACCUAUUACGUGAAGAGCAUAAUUUUUUAUGCGGUAAAAUCAGCCAAGUUAAAGCAAUGGUUGGAAAAUCAAGGAAUCGUUGACGCUUUAAAGCAGACAUUGGAAAAGAAUUUCUUAGAUUUGGACCCUGUUUUCAAUAUGAAUAUCGAUGAAGAUUUUGACUUUCGGGCCAGCGGAAUCACCAGAAGUAGCUUUUGCAAUGUUUAUUUGGAUUGGAUACAGUUUUGUGCGACUAAGCAAGAUAAAAUGUUGGAGAGAUCUCGAGAUUCGUGCCUUGUAUCACUCUGUCUAGCUCUUAGUUUAUUAGGAAGACGUGUACUAGGGGCAGCUUCUCAUAAUACGCUGUCUAGCGUUGAAUUUUUUCUUUACGGCUUACACGCUCUUUUCAAAGGUGACUUUCGCAUAACAUCGGUUCGCGAUGAGUGGGUUUUACAUGACGUUGAUCUACUACGUAGUGUCGUAGCGAAAGGAGUGCGAAUGGCUCUGAAACUUCAUCAAGAUCAUUUUAUGAGUCCUGAUACGUACGAAGAAGCCGUCGCCCUUUACGAAGCCAUUGACAAUCAUGACCGUAAUCUAGUUAUAAGCCACGAAGCUGAUCCACUCUGGAGAAAUGCUAUUCUCAGUGGUGCUCCGAGUCUUUUAGCCCUUAGACAUGUUUUAGACGAUGGCAUCGAUGAAUAUAAAGUGAUAAUGCUCAAUAAACGCUUCCUAAGUUUCCGUGUGAUAAAGAUGAAUCGGGAAUGUGUUCGUGGACUAUGGGCUGGCCAACAACAAGAAUUGGUCUACUUGCGAAAUCGUAAUCCUGAGCGUGGCUCUAUACAAAACGCAAAACAAGCGCUACGAAAUAUUAUUAACAGCUCGUGUGACCAACCAAUUGGCUAUCCAAUUUAUGUAUCACCUCUAACGACUAGUUAUGCCGAGACGAACGAACAGUUGUGUUCGGUCAUUGGUGGCCCAUUAAGCCUAACUGCCAUUAAGAAUAAUGUACUCAAGCUUUGGCGGAGGAUACGAAGACGUUGUGGACAAGGAUGUUCUUCAGGAGGUACAGGCUCUCACGAUGAUGGUGGAUUCGGCAAUGAUGGAGUCUAUGCAAUGACUACGUAUAAUAUACAUUCUGGAUACAAUCAAUCAGGUCACAAUACAUCCGGUUCCCAGUCAAUGGAAUCGGGCUGUCAAAUAGGUGGCUCAACGGGUCGUGGCUCAUUAGGACGUGCAAACACAAGCUCAGUUGGCGGUAACUGCAGAGGUUCGCUAGCUUCCAUGGGAAAACCUACGAGUUCAACAUUGGCUAGUCUCGCUGGCCUGCUUAGUAGUAGUGAUAUCAAGACUGAAUCCAAGAGUGAGACGAGUUUUACUGCCAAACUCGAAAAAGAAGAAGUACUCCAAAGAGUUCGUAUAAUGGAUCCGAAUCAGGUAUACGAUGCGAUAAAUCUUGGUCGGCGAAUAGACGUAAUCUGGCCGGACGAGAAAAUGCGUCAAAUGGGCGGUCGAUCGGGUUGGCAACACUGGGUACCAGAACGCGGAAUGGAGGGCUGCGUAGUACAUCGUUGGUCACCGAAUCAUCGCGAUCCAAAUCGCCGGUCUCACGUUGAUAAGGUUAUAUUACUUGUGAGGAUCGAUGAUAAGUAUGUGCCGAUAGCCGAACAGGGCAUUCGAGACCUUGGCGCCGAGGUCUAGUAUUUAUAGUUAGACUAAAACUCAUUUAUGGUUGUAUACGAAAUUCGUAUAACAUAUAAGGUAUACAUUACAAGGUCAUUAGAUGAUCGUGUAUAUUAUAAACGAGGAGUGAAUUCAUUUUCAUUUACAAUUUAAUUUUGAA